CUACCGCGUCACCAUCGCCGGUGCCCGCUUCUGCGCGGCAUCUACGAGGGUCAACCCCCUGGUCGGCCCCACCCCAGAGGUGCUCGUCAGGAUGGGCGCGAAGCAGGCCACCCUCAUUAGGGACCGCUGGGAGCUGUGGCGGCUCGUGGUGCCCGUGUACCUCCCUGGUGGCAUCUUGCACUGGGCUUGUACCACGGGUUUUCUGUUGCAGCUCGGCUUUCAGCUCGAGCGCACGUUCGGUGCCUUGAGGAUAGGGGCCAUCUGGGUGCUCUCGGGCACCUUCAGCAUGAUUGCCUCGGCCGCCCUCGCUCCCGAGGUGAUCAGCGUGGGGGGGUCCGGCGCCCUCUUCGGGCUCUAUGGCGCCUUCCUGGGCGACAUCGUGCAGAACUGGGAGCGGUACAACCGCCCGCGGUUGCUCCUGGGACGCUUCUCCGUCUUCGUGUUCCUCCAGCUCCUGCUGGGGACCCUCCCGCUGCUCGACAGCCCCGCGCACGUGUUUGGCUUCCUCAUGGGGCUGCUCUGCGCGCUGUCGCUCCUGGUGCAGUCCGGUGAGGAUAGUGCUGGCCAGCCGAUAAGGACCACGCGCCACCAGAGAUGCCUCCAGAUCGCCGGCGCCUGGGGAGCCGCCGCGGCCUACCUGGCGGGCCUGCUCCUGCUCGGCCUCGGAGGCGCGGAGGACUUCUGCCCGGUCUGCAACGCGCUGCAGUGCCUCCCGGCGCCGUGGGGCUGCGACACGUCUGUCGAAGGAGCUUGUUGGUGGGACUGCGCUGCUGUGGCCGUGAGUAGCUAGCAGGAUACACGAAGAAGAAAGGGACGCAUUUGCAGGGGUGAGGCAACCCGAGACAAGCCGGUUCACAUAUACUCACAUAUCCUGACUCUUUCUCACUUCUUCUAGUUCUUCCAACCCUGUCUUCUGCCUUCUGUCGCCCUCCAGGUGGCUUGCGCAGUUCCGCCGGCCCCCAGGAAGGAGUCAGAGCCUGCGACGAUCGCGGAAGUUGCACGUGGAUGGUUUUCACCCGCUCGCGUGAUCAGAUUUGUCCGAAAGCUAGUCCGCCUUGAUUCUCUUUGAGGUAGCCGUUCGAAUCAGUCGAGUGGAUACCCAGAUGCAUUUUGGCUGCCUCCAUGGGUCGGCGGAUUGGCCUACCCAUUGGCUCUGUAGUGCAAGUGGUCAGGCUUGCGGACUUGUCGUAAGUGCGGUUGGUACGCAAACGCCAGUUGGGAAUUCGGGGCACUCGCGCCUUUUACAGCGCGCGCUAGCCAACCGCUGCGGCCUUGCAGGCGGGGUUUUGCUUUCUGCCUCGGGCACAGGCGGGGGCAAAGGACAUGUGAUGUGUGAGCGCUAGGAGGCCGUCUCUGCGCGUCUUGUGGGCGGUCUUUAGUCGCCUUGGACCAUGUGUUGCCGAUCAUAUGUCCUUGUACAGCUAGUCGCUCGUUCAUGAUGCCUCGUAGCCCAGACUGAAUGCGCCAAUGUUGCCAUCGGAAUCUGAGCUGCCAGUAGGCGGAA